AAUUGCUUCUUUAUAAGAGGCACGGAUGCAGCAGCAGCAGCAUGGAUCUAUGCAAAGCUAUUUGCAGAUAGUUAAAGCUGGUACCUUCAGUUUUUCCCUCUCCACCCAUCUCAACUUUCUUUCUUCAUCUUCACCCCAGUUCCAUUUUCCCGGAAAAUAAUUGAAGAAGAUGGAAACAGCAAACUCGAGUUCGGGAAUAUUUAGGACCACGUCAGAUCAGUUGGCGGAGACGGCAAUGGUGGUGGGAAUGAAGUCGUCGGCGUCAAGCGAGGCGGUGGGAGGGGCUGAGACCGCCGUAACCCUAUCGAGGAGAGCCAGCAAGAGGCUGACGGCGGCCUCGCCGGGGAGAGCCAGCAGCAGCAACAGCAAGAACACGCACAUUAGGAAAUCAAGAAGUGCCCAAUUGAAGCUGGAGCUCGACGACGUGAACAGCGGAGCCGCCCUGAGCCGGGCCUCCAGUGCCAGCCUGGGACUCUCCUUCUCCUUCACCGGCUUCACUAUGCCGCCGGAAGACAUGGCUGAUUCAAGGCCGUUCAGUGAUGACGACAUUCCUGAGGACCUUGAAGCUGGCACACGUAAGAUGAAGAUUCAAGCGGAACCAACCAUGCCGAUACAUCUCAAGUUCACAGAAGUGACGUAUAAAGUGAUUCACAAAGGAGUGACAUCAACCUCAGAGAAGAAAAUCCUAAAUGGGAUUUCUGGUUGUGUGAAUCCCGGUGAAGUUUUGGCAAUGAUGGGACCUUCAGGAAGCGGAAAGACUACACUCCUAAGCCUGCUUGGUGGCAGGUUGAGAAAGCCAACCCCGGGUGGUUCGAUCACUUAUAAUGACCAGCCAUAUUCAAAGUAUCUCAAGAGCAGGAUAGGAUUCGUGACUCAAGAGGACGUGCUAUUUCCUCAUCUCACAGUGAAGGAAACGUUAACUUAUGCAGCUCUUCUACGGCUUCCAAAGGCAUUGACAAAACAGGAAAAGGAAAAAAGAGCCACAGACGUAAUCUAUGAGCUGGGAUUGGAGAGGUGCCAAGACACUAUGAUUGGCGGCUCCUUUGUUCAGGGAAUUUCAGGGGGAGAGAGGAAGCGUGUCUGUAUUGGCAAUGAGAUCAUAAUCAACCCUUCUCUUUUGUUUCUUGAUGAGCCAACCUCCAGCCUGGAUUCUACUACUGCUCUGAGGACUGUUGAAAUCUUACAAGAUAUAGCUGAGGCUGGGAAAACAGUGAUCACCACCAUCCACCAGCCAUCCAGCAGACUAUUCCACAAAUUUGAUAAGUUAAUCCUUCUGGGAAAAGGGAGCUUGCUUUACUUUGGGAAGGCAUCAGAAGCAAUGGUUUACUUCUCAUCCAUAGGAUGCUCCCCGUCAAUUUCCAUGAAUCCAGCAGAGUUCCUAAUAGACCUUGCAAAUGGGAACAUAAAUGAUGUCUCCAUGCCCUCAGAAUUGGAGGACAAGGUGCAAAACUCAGGCACAGAGGGCAGGAAAGGAAAGGCCUCUCCUGCAGUUGUAUAUGAGUAUCUUGUGGAGGCUUAUGAGACACGAGUUGCAGACAAUGAGAAAAAGAAACUCAUGAUUCCUCUACCAAUUGAUGAAGAACUGAAGGCAAAAAUGUAUAAUUCAAGGAAAGAAUGGGGAGUGAGCUGGUGGGAACAGUUCUCAAUCUUAUUCAGGAGAGGACUCAAAGAACGGCGUCAUGACUAUUUUAGCUGGUUGAGAAUUACACAGGUUCUCGCAACUGCUGUCAUUUUGGGGUUGCUAUGGUGGCAGUCAGAUGGUGACAGCCCCAAAGAAUUGCAAGAUCAGGCAGGCUUGCUUUUUUUCAUUGCUGUCUUCUGGGGUUUUUUCCCAGUCUUCACAGCAAUAUUCACUUUUCCUCAAGAAAGGGCCAUGCUGAACAAGGAACUUGCAGCCAACAUGUACAGACUAAGUGCAUAUUUUGUGGCUAGGACUACCAGCGACCUACCACUGGACCUUUUGCUACCAGUUCUUUUCCUUCUUGUUGUCUAUUUCAUGGCAGGUUUGAGAAGCAGUCCUGGUCCGUUUUUCUUAAGCAUGCUAACAGUGUUCCUCUGCAUUGUCGCAGCUCAGGGACUUGGACUAGCAAUUGGGGCUUUACUAAUGGAUCUAAAGAGGGCAACAACAUUGGCCUCUGUAACAGUAAUGACCUUCAUGUUAGCCGGUGGAUACUUCGUGAAGACAGUUCCAGUAUUCAUAUCAUGGCUCCGCUAUCUGUCUUUCAACUAUCAUACAUAUAAGCUUCUUCUGAAGGUGCAGUAUGAACACAUCACUCACUCGAUCAAUGGUAUAAAAAUAGACAGUGGUGUAAAGGAAGUCAGUGCGCUGCUAGCAAUGGUCAUUGGUUAUCGUCUCCUGGCAUACCUAUCACUGCGAAGAAUGAACCUCCGCUAGGGAGCUUAGAAGGGUGACAUUUUUUGGGCAAAGAAAAAGAUGAUAAAAUUAUUAGCUAGCUCAAAUAUCAGUCUUCCACUCAAAAGUGCUAUUUUUGAAGACUUAAGGCGCACAAGGUGAGAAACUGGCAACUAGCCAAAGCCACUGAUUGAGACAACUUUAUCAAGAGCUAUAACAUAGCAAAAUAUAGCAUCAAUAUUACAUAUUAUCAUAGACUUUUAUGGGAUGUAACUAUGCAAAGUUUCCUAUAUGGAUGGUUUUUACAUGAA